AUGUGCUUGUUUCUGUUGCUGCUGCGGCUGCUGCUGCUGUGCUUGUUUCUGUUGCUGCUGCUGCUGUGCUUGUUUCUGUUGCUGCUGCGGCUGCUGCUGCUGCUGCUGUCCUUGUUUCUGUUGCUGCUGCGGCUGCUGCUGCUGUGCUUGUUUCUGUUGCUGCUGCUGCUGUGCUUGUUUCUGUUGCUGCUGCUGCGGCUGCUGCUGCUGUCCUUGUUUCUGUUGCUGCUGCAGCUGCUGCUGUUCUUGUUUCUGCUGGGGCGAAGGCUGCUCCUGCUGUUGCUGCUGCUGCUGCAGCGCGCGCCGCUGCUGCAGCCGCAGGCCGCGGGCUCUGCUGCUGCUGCUGCUGCUGCUGCUGCUGCUGCUCUCAUAUUGGGAGUUUGCUUCUGCUGCUGCUUGCAGGUGGGCUACCUGACUGCGGGAGUCCUCUCUGUCUACUUGGGCUUCAGCUGGAGAGCAGCAAUUUGUGUUCAAGUUUCAUUUCUUUUUCUUUUAUCAGUUUUAGUUUUUGCUUUUCCCAAACACUACGUGGACACUCCCUGGGGCCCCGGGGCCCUGGGGGCCCCUGCAUGCGCCCCGGAGGGCAAAGUUGCUGCAGCAGUUGCUGCAGCAAAGGAGCCAGAGGCGGCGGACUGCGGGGCGCUGCAGCAGCAGCAGCAGCAGCAGCAGCAGCAGCAGCUGCGGGAUGCGCCUCUGGCGGCGGACUUCGGGGUGGAGCUGGGAGUUAUGGGCAGCCCCGGCGGCCGCUGCAGCGCGCCUCUGCAGCCGCAGCAGCAGCAGCAGCAGCAGCAGCAGCAGCAGCGGCUGCAGCUGCUGCAUGCAGAGGAAGACAAGGACUCUUCCCUGGCCAAGUCCCCAGCAGCAGCAACUCACAGAAGAAGAUCAGCAGAACCCUUAACCCCCACAACUUACAGCCCCGCCACAGGAGAGGGGGGCCCCCCUGAGGGGCCCCCCUCUGGCUGCAGCAGCGCAGCACAAAUGAGCCAAAAGCGAGCUGCGCUGCAUCUUUUGAUGUAA